AUGGCCCCUACCGCAAUCGACGUGGUCCACACCUCCAAUGUCGCUCCUGCAUCCUCGGUCAAGCCAGCAGCCUCGAGCGCUCACUUGCAUCCCCUCGACGACAUCACACCUGCCGAAAACAAGCUGGCCGUAGAGCUCAUCCGCGAUUAUCACAGAGACGAUGGCUUCCAGCCCUGGUUCAAGGCUGUACAGCGCCAAGAGCCUCGCAAGGCCGUGCUUCUUCCUUGGCUAGACGCUUUCCAUGCAGGUAGAAGUCCUGCGCCUCUCCCGCGCAAGGUCGAGGCUCUAUACAUUGAACCUAAGACGGCCAGGAUUCACGAGGCUAUCAUCGAUCUUGCUUCACAGAAGCUCGAAUCUCACAACAUCGUCCCCGGCAACCACCGCACCAACCUCGAUAUCUGCCAGCUCCAAGAGUUUGAACGAGAGCUCCUCAAGGAUCCUUUGGUCAAGCAGGCUCUUGAGCAACUUGGUCUUGAUGCAGACACUCCCAUCGCUUCCGACCCAUGGAUCUACGGCGCCGACUCGUUUGAAGAUCAGCCCUACUUGAUGCAGUUCCUCAUGUACCUCAAGUCGCCUCGCAAUGCCCACGAUGGAGACAACUUUCACUACUCCUGGCCGCUCCCAUUCGUUCCCGUCGUCGAUGUCAUCACUGGCAAAAUCGCACGUGUCGACUGGUGCUACACUGGCGAUUCUGCAGACGGCAUGAUCCACACUUGGAAGCAAGGUUGGGCCAAGAGCAACAUGGAGGAGCGCGAAUACAUGCCACACCUCCAGAACAACUUCCAGCCACGAGCAGGUCUCAAGCCUCUCAUCCUUCAGCAGCCACAAGGUGCUUCCUUCACUGUCAACGGCAAAAGUGUCGAGUGGCAAGGAUGGAAGUUCCGCAUCUCUUGGUCCGCGCGCGAGGGUCUGACACUGCACGAUCUCAGAUUCAAUGGCAGGUCUCUUUUCCACAGGCUGUCCAUGUCCGAGAUGACAGUGCCCUACGGUGAUCCUCGACCGCCGCUUCACCGCAAGCAGGCUUUCGAUGUCGGCGACGCAUCCUGUGGCUUCACUGCCAACAGUCUCGCUCUUGGAUGCGACUGUCUUGGUGCCAUCCACUACUUUGACGGUCACCUUGCUUUGCCCAACGGAGAGCUCCUUCAGCAACAGAACAUCGUCUGCAUGCACGAGGUCGAUGACGGCAUCGGAAUGAAACACACCAACUACCGCACAGCCAACCCUUACGUUGUUCGUCGCCGUGUCCUCGUGCUCCAGACCAUCAUCACUGUUGACAACUACGAGUACAUCUUCCUCUGGCACUUUGACCAGACUGGCGCCAUCUCCUUCGAAACUCGCGCCACUGGUGUCCUCUCGGUCUCUCCCAUCGAUGCUGGCAAGACCUCGCCUUACGGCAACAUUGUCUCUCGCGGUGUUCUUGGAACCAACCACCAGCACAUCUUCUGCGUCCGUGUCGAUCCCCGCAUCGAUGGUGACGGCAACACAGUUCACUACGAGGACAGUCUUCCUAUGCCCUUUGAGACGGAGGAGGACAGGCUUAGCAAUCCAUACGGCACGGGCUACCUGGUGCACAAGACGGUCAUCCAUCAUGAAGGUGGUGCCAACUUGGACCCUAUGAAGAACAGAACUUUCAAGAUCACCAACCCCAACAAGCUCAACACCAUCUCGCAGAAGCCUGUCGGGUACAAGCUGCACUUGCCAGCGACACAGCUUCUGCUGGCUCACCCCAAAUCCGUUGCCUAUGCUCGCGCCGAGUUUGCUCGUCACCAUGUUUGGGUGACCAAGUACCGUGACGAUGAGCUCUGGGCUGCAGGCAAGUACACCAACCAGUCCAACGGCAAGCAAGGCGGUGUCGCUACUUACAGUCAAGCCAAGCAGAACACAGUUAACCAAGGCAUUGUUGUCUGGGCUGUCUUUGGCUUAACACACAACCCACGUGUCGAAGACUUUCCUGUCAUGCCCGUUGAAACGCUCAUGAUGUCGCUCAAACCCGCCGAUUUCUGGGAGACUUGCCCCAUUCUUGACAUCCCCACAAGUUCGCAAGCUGUGAACAAGUCGACCUUGAUCAUCUCGAACAACGAGCAGGUAGCGGAUGAAAAGUCGUGCUGCAAGUUCUAA